GUGUAGAACUAUAAAUAAAGCCUUGUUUAAAUAAUCAUAAGUCUCGGUUCAUUGUUUGCAGUAGGCAGUGAUGGGUGGUCUGUAUUUUAAGUCAAAGCGAUAUUAUUUUUAAUGUUAAUAUUCAUUCCUGUUUGUUCACUAUGUCGUUUCGUAUGCAAUUGAUUACUUUUGUUUUAAGUGCGGUUGAAUUUAAUUUAUAUUAUGCUGUAACUGCAGAUUGCAUAUUUAGGGUAACCAAUAAUGAAACAGAAAAAUACCUUCCAGUACCUUUAUACAACACAUCAUCGGAAUAUGAUCUAGCAAUACCCCAUGAAGGAUUGAUACACUUGCAAAAAGGCCAAAACAUAAGUUUGUCAUGUUCAGGACAAAGGAAUUAUGUCAGGCAAACUAACUCAAAUGUAACUUCUGUAACGUGCCUGGAAAACGACAAAGUGAAACUCUACAGACAAACCUACAAAUUCGAACAAAUACAAUGUAAACGUAUUGUAAAAGGUAGCGUUCGUUCUAUCAAUGAAACAUGUGGAAAUAAUGAAGGAAUAAUACACCAAAUUGGUUAUCCAGUUACUAAAUGUGAUUGGGUUACUUUGAUAACGUUAUGCUACCAACCUAAAAUUGGAAACACCUUGUUUAGCCAGCAUACGUUACAUGGACGAGAAAUAAAAUUUGCUUCUAAAAACAAAUACAGACCAGGAUUUAGUACAGCUGGUGAAAAUGAAAAUAUUACAGCUUCUUUGGUUUACAAGCAGACAUAUCAAAAAUCAACUUUCAGCAGUAUAUUAGGAUCUUCUCGAUUAGCUAACAACUACAUAAAUACCAAGUCUUAUUUGGCGAGAGGACAUUUAUCUCCAGAUGCUGACUUUUUGCUGGCCACAGCCCAAUUUUCUACUUAUUAUUAUGUUAAUGCAGCUCCACAAUGGCAAAGUAUUAAUAAUGCUAAUUGGAAAAGUGUUGAAAAUACUGUGAGGAUUUUGGCAGUCAAUUAUGGAGAUUUGAAUAUAAUCACUGGAACAUUUGGUGUUCUUAGUUACAAUGAUGUUAAUGAUAAUUUAAAAGAAAUUUAUUUAGGAAUAAACAACAUUUUGCCGGUACCAAAAUACUUCUGGAAAGUAGCUUAUGAUAUAAAAACUCAAAAGGGUAUUGCUUUUGUUGUAGUUAAUGAUCCUUAUGUUAAAUCAGUAAAUGAAGACGUAUUCUGUGAAGAUAUUUGUAUAGCAAACGGAUUUACCAAGAAAUCAUGGAAAGAAAUUUCCACUGGUUAUGUAUUUUGCUGUAGCGUUUCUGAUUUCAGGCAUAAGGUGAAAACUCUGCCUAAACUGGAUGUUUCUGGAAUUCUAACAAUUGAUCAAUCAACAAUGCGUUAUCUAUUGGAAGAAGAUUUAUAAUAAUUGUUAUUAUUGUUAAAUAAAACAUUGCAUGUAGUUUUUUUUCACUGACAUUCAACGAAAGAUCAUAUUAUCAUCAACUCAAUAAUGUCCGUUGGGGGUAUUUUGUUUUUAGAAAAAAGUAGAUGAAAGUUGUAAAUACAAAAGUUGUGCACAUUAUGUUACUCGUUUGGUAGAGUAAUGACAUUACUAAUUCCUGUUGAAAGUCAAAUUGACAAAAAGUGAUUAAUCAUAAUCUUAAAAAUUUUGACUUUAUGUAAUAAGUUAUUGUUCAAGUACAAAUAAGUAGAUUAUUGCGAAACUUAUGAGUGGACCUCUGCGGGACGAGCGCAGCGAGUUCCGCAGCAAUCUACUCACCAAUAUACUGUUGAACUGUUCAAAUAAAACACUCACCUGAAACGUGUCCUUUUUAAACUAAUGAGAAUAACUCACAUUUGAGUGAAUCAGGUUAGUAUCAUAAUUAAACAACAUAUUGAUGAAUAGAUGGCUGCCCAUAAAUUCCGCAACAAUUCACUCAUUUGUAUUUGAAUAACUUGUCC